GAAUGUCUGUUGGGUGGAUCUUUGAACACAGUUUCAGUCAGCGAGUGAACACCCUCCCACAUAUGCACUCAGUAGUCUCGGAGAAUGGGGUUCCUUUCUACUCUGCUCUGUUUACUCCUUACUGUACACUCAGUAAAUACACUGACGUGUUAUGUGUGCGGAUCCGUAACAUCUAAUGACGAGUGUAACAAAAGCUCUAUGGACUGUCAAGCUCCAUUCGACACCUGUAUGACCACCGUAGCCACACUAGGAAGUGUUAAAGCCAUUGUGAAGCAUUGCUCCAGUUCAAAAAUCUGCACAGCUGGUGCAUCCUCUGCCUCCGUAGACAGUAAUGGAAACGGCGUUCAGGUCACAUGCUGUAGUGGUCGUCUGUGCAACUACAGUGGAGCUGCUACUGUUAAACUGCACAUAUGGCUGUUGGCCCUUCCACUGCUUAUCAUCACCCUCCUCAUCAAACAGCACAUCUGAAAGUGGAAUGGAUUAAACCACAUCCUGGAUUAAAUAACUGCUCUUAGUGACUGUUUUUGUAUACAUACUACUGACUUUAAUCACCGUAUAUGAAAGUUAACUUCCCCUGCUUUAGUACCUCAUUGGUAUAAGCCAGAUGGCUCUUUUUUCAAAUGAAAAUAUAAAUAUGGUUUACAUACCUUUUGAUCAAUUUAUUUACAUUAUUUUGCCAUGGCUUUUUCAGUUGUUCAUGAUCAUGUAAGGAUUUCGAGUCCUUAUCACAGGAUACAAAUAAGAGCAAACAAACAAUCAUACAAAAACGUACAAAUCACAAUAGAAAUGUCCUUGAUUAUGCAAUAACUUUUGUAGGCCUGGUAAUUAGUUUUAAAAUUCCCUUAUAUUUCCAUGAUUGAGAGAACAAUUUAAAAAAGACCAUUAAAUUGAUCAAAUGCUAGAAUAAAAAAAAAAUAACACCGGCAUAAGGUCCAAAUUCCAGACAUCUGGGAAUGAGCCAGCAAAAGUUAAUGUUUAUAUAAAACUUUAAGAAUUCCAUUUGAAAUUAGCAAUACUUGCACAAAAUCAUUGCUUAUGUGUAGUAAAAAAUGUCUGUGAUGAACUGUUCAUAUCAAAUGAUUGUCACAUUUGUAUGUGGGUCCUUGAUAAUUUAUAUUUAACAUUGUUUUUUAGCAGUCUUUUUUCAUUUUACUUAAGUUCACAAGUUUAUAAAUAUCUGCUGUUCUAAUAUAUACAACUGUAAAUUCUAAUACAUGCCAUCCUGAAUGGAUGGCAAAACUUUUUUGUAAACAGACAAAUUAAAACCUUCACUAUUGACUUGCUAAUUAAAACCAAAUACACCAGUAACUAAU